CUCGACACGGCACAUGCAGCAGUAGCACGUGACAAACAACCAAAUCAAACAUCCAGUCCACUAGCUAGCCGAUCAUAGUUUUUUUUUUUACGGAACCUAGCCGAUCAUAGUUCUAUAUAUACUCCUAUAUAUAGCCACUCGCUAAACCAUGGCACGCCAUCGGUCGCAGCUCACAAGCAGCGCCAUGGGGAGCGCCACCAUGCCACGAAGUUUCGCCGCGCCACGCGCGCCAUGCCGCAGCCUCCAUACGCUCAGGUGCAGGUGCAAGGCUACCGGCGGCGCCGACCGCCGCGACGUGCUCCUCGGCCUCGGCGGGGCGGCGGCGGCCGGCCUCCUCAGCUCGUCGUUGUCGAACCGCGGCGGUGCGCUCGCGGCGCCCAUCCCGGCGCCGAACCUCAGCAACUGCCAUCCACCUGACCUCCCCGACACGGUGAGCGACAUCAACUGCUGCCCGCCGGGCGCGGGGACGGCGAUCGUCGACUUCACGCCGCCGCCGACGGUCGGGCGCCGCGUGCGCCCGGCCGCGCACCUGGUGGACGAGGAGUACGUUGCCAAGUACGAGAAGGCCGUGGCGCUGAUGAAGGAACUGCCGGACGACGACCCGCGCAGCUUCACGCAGCAGUGGCGCGUGCACUGCGCCUACUGCGACGGCGCGUUCGACCAGGUCGGGUUCCCGGACCUGGAGAUCCAGAUACACAACUGCUGGCUCUUCUUCCCGUGGCACAGGUUGUACCUGUACUUCCACGAAAGGAUUCUUGGGAAGCUCAUCGGCGACGACAAGUUUGCGCUGCCGUUCUGGAACUGGGACGCGCCCGGCGGCAUGUCGCUGCCGGCGAUCUACGCCAACAAGUCCUCCCCGCUGUACGACGAAAGGCGUGACCCUGCUCACCAGCCGCCAUUCACGGUGGACCUCGACUACGACAGGAUCGAGCAAAACAUCCCAAGAGCUCAGCAGAUCGAUCAGAACCUGAUGAUCAUGUACCGUCAGAUGAUCUCCGGUGCCAAGAAGAAGGAACUCUUCUUUGGGCUGCCUUACCACCAGGGCGACCAGCCAGACCCAGGCGCAGGCACCGUAGAGAGCGUCCCGCACGGCCCAGUACACUUCUGGAGCGGCGACCCGAGCCAGCCGAACAACGAGGACAUGGGCAACUUCUACUCCGCCGCGCGCGAUCCACUCUUCUUCGCGCACCACGGCAACAUCGACCGCCUGUGGUCGGUCUGGAACGGCCUCCGCGCCGGCAACACCAACUUCACCGACCCCGACUGGCUGAACGCCAGCUUCCUCUUCUACGACGAGGAGGCCCGCCUCGUGCGCGUCCGCGUCCGCGACUGCCUGGACACCGCUGCCCUGGGCUACAGCUACCAGGAUGUUGCCCUGCCGUGGCUGAACGCCAGGCCGACCACGGAGACCGGUUCUCCGGUUCCCGCCGCGGGCGCGCUCCCGGCGACCCUGAACCAGACCGUGAGGGUGGCCGUGACGCGGCCCAGGACCUCGAGGACCCGCCAGGAGAAGGACGCGGAGGAGGAGGUGCUGGUCGUCGAGGGGAUCGAGGUCGCCGACCACUUCAGCAGGUUCGUCAAGUUCGACGUGUUCGUGAACGAGUGCCAGGGCGGGGGCGGCAUGGGGGCGGCGGUGGCGCAGUGCGCGGGGAGCGUGGCGAUGACGCCGCACCUGGUUCGGCCCGGGAAGGGUAGGGGCUCCGUGAAGACCGCGGCGAGGUUCGGCAUCUGCGACCUGCUCGACAACAUCGGCGCUGACGGGGACAAGACGAUCGUCGUGUCGCUCGUGCCGAGGUGCGCCGGAGACAUGGUUACUGUCGGUGGCGUCCGGAUCGAGUAUGUUAAGUGAGGUCCUUCUAUUACGUCCUACCCUCCUACGAGUACAUCUCACAAGUGCUAGGGCCUAGAGACAACUGCUCUACGACCAGGAGUAUAUAUCAGGUAUACAUGAAUAACUGUGUGAUGCUGUACGUGUAUGGACGACUCCUGUUGAACUAUAUAUGUAGGGAACUAUUUGGGAUUGUGUUUGCGUGCCGCCGUGAUUAUAUAAUAUGGGCCAAUGUCAAUGCGACAUCAAUAAUUAACAAAUAAGGGCAUUAGUGUC